CUAUUGUGCAUAUAAGAACUCAUGCAUGGCCUUCCUUUCAUUUGUCGAAGUGCUUCAUGUCAUUCCUCUCCAAGCAACAAAGAUCAGAAGUCAUGGAAGCCAUGGCGGGUUCUCGUAUUUACACAGAGGUUGAUCCUCCUUGUCAGUGGGUUGAAGGGGAGGAGUUCGACACCCUCCUCGUCGAUGCCUCCGGAUUUACGAAGCAAGAAUUGAAGGCCCAAGUCGACACAUCAGGGAACCUAAAGAUCAGCGGAGAAUGCCACAUUGAAGGCAAUCAAUGGCGUCGCUUCCUGAAGAGCUUCCAACUCCCAAAGGAUUGCAAUGUAAGGAUGAUCAAGGCCAAGUUUGAUGAAGGAAUUCUUUACGUGGUGGUGCCAAAGCGAAUGGCCGAAGACCGUUUGUCACAAGGUGUAGCUAACAACAAUGUUCAAGUGCCUGAAACUUCUAAGCCGGGAAUGGAGGAUGUUGUAAAGGGAUUGAAUAAGUAUAGACAAUUCAUAGUAAAUGUUGUUGUGGCCAUCAUUGUUGCUGUAGGGAUUGGGACAUACAUAGGUUACAAGCUAAGGAGCCAUAUAUAAAAGAGGCACAUAAUGAAUGUAGUAUGUGUCAUUGUUGUAAGAAGAUGCUGCAUGAGUUGAAAAUAAUAUUGUUGCAACCAUUGUUAAUAGAAACAAUAUUUCAUGGGAUA